AUGAAAAAAAGGCUUGGUGUCGAUUCAGAAAUAUAUACAAGCUUGAAGCAUUUCGAAAGCAGCUCUUUGUGCAUCUCAUUCUUAUCCGAUAGCAUAAUUCGUCCCACGUCAGAUGACCAGUGCUUAAGCCUUGUAAGUUUGUAUAUACAGGUGUCAUUGAAGCGAGAAGGACUGCUUGUGUGGGCCACACGUGGUUAUGCACUAUUUUAUCAUACUACUGAAGAAUUAAAGCACGUUUCAGUGUCAUCUUUGAGAUCUUCACCACGGGACUACAGGCGAUGUGCAGGAUGCAAUAUUGUACAAUUGUACGAACUCUAA